GUUAAAAGUUUGUGAUCCUUACUUGAACACUGAUGCUGGGACCAUGUCUCCGUAUGAGCACGGGGAAGUAUACGUGUUGGAUGAUGGAGGAGAGGUUGACCUGGACCUUGGGAAUUAUGAGCGUUUCCUUGACAUUCAGUUGACAAGGGACAACAAUAUUACCACAGGGAAAAUUUAUCAGUCAGUUAUUGAAAAGGAAAGAAGAGGAGAUUAUUUGGGAAAGACUGUUCAGGUGGUGCCUCACAUUACAGAUGCCAUUCAAGAAUGGAUUGAACAUGCAGCAUCCAUCCCGGUUGAUGGAAACGACAGUCCAGCCGAUGUUUGUGUCAUCGAACUUGGUGGCACUAUAGGGGAUAUUGAAUCUAUGCCGUUUAUUGAAGCCUUGGGACAAUUUUCGUAUCGCGUUGGAGCUGGAAACUUUUGCUUGAUACAUGUCAGUCUUGUGCCUGUUCUGAACGUGGUUGGUGAGCAGAAAACGAAACCAACACAGCACUCUGUUAGGGGACUGCGAAACCUGGGAUUGACACCAAAUAUUUUAGCAUGUCGGAGCACAUUGAAACUUGAUGAGAAUGUCAAGGAUAAAAUUUCUCAAUUCUGUCACGUUCCGGUUGAAAAUGUCUUAACUCUAUAUGAUGUAUCAAACAUCUGGCAUGUUCCUUUGCUUUUGAAAGACCAGAAGGCGCAUGAAGCAAUUUUGAGAGUAUUGAACCUUAAAGGAGUUGUAAAGGAACCUUCCUUAGGAGAAUGGACUUUGAGGGCUGAGCUAUGUGACAAGUUAUAUGACCCAGUUAAAGUUGCCAUUGUUGGGAAGUAUGCAGGACUCUCCGAUUCUUACCUCUCAAUCAUGAAGGCUCUAUUGCAUGCUUCGGUCGCUUGUCACAGGAAACUUUGUGUGGAUUGGGUUCCAGCUGGAGACCUUGAAGACAUUACCGCAGAAGAGAAUCCUGAAAAUUAUGAGAAAGCUUGGGAAAUAUUAAAGGGAGCCCAUGCAGUACUUGUUCCUGGAGGAUUUGGUGGAAGGGGAGUGGAGGGUAAAAUACUUGCAGCUAAGUAUGCUCGUCAAAAUCGGAUUCCUUAUCUGGGGAUCUGUCUGGGGAUGCAAAUAGCUGUGAUUGAGUUUGCCCGAUCAGUUCUUGGUUUGGAAGAUGCAAACAGCACGGAGUUUGAUCCUAAUACCCCACACCCAUGUGUUGUAUUUAUGCCGGAGGGCUCAAAAACCCACAUGGGAGGGACUAUGCGGCUUGGAUCUAGGAGGACUUAUUUUCACCGUUGGGACUCUGUAUCUACGAAAUUAUAUGGCAAUAGGAGAUUCAUUGACGAAAGGCAUCGCCACAGAUAUGAGGUGAAUCCUGAGAUGGUAGGGCAGCUUGAAGACGCCGGUCUCCAUUUCACUGGAAAAGACGAAUCUGGAAAUCGAAUGGGGAUUGUUGAGCUUCCCAAUCAUCCUUACUUUAUCGGUGCUCAAUUUCAUCCCGAGUUCAAAUCAAGACCAGGAAAGCCUUCCCCACUCUUCUUAGGCCUCAUAGCUGCAGCAGUUGGGCAGCUAGACAGUGUCCUCCAGAAGAAGGGCAUCAUCCCAAAGACAAAGGGCACAGUUAACGGUAACACCACGAUAAAGAACAAACUCAAAAAGGGACCCACCCUCCUUCCAAACGGAGGGUCUUUUGAAGUACACUGCAAUGUCGUUAAUGGCAUCCACGUCUGACAAGGGGUUCUCAGCCGGUGGGAGGAUGGGUGUCCCUGCCUUGCUUGAACUUCCCACCAUUGUUAUCGUUUUCCGUUGCAGUUUUGUUAUGUAUAGCUAAUCUAGAGUGAGAUACUCCUGUUGGUGUGGAACAGUUCUGUUGGAACAGUUCUGUAAGAAGACUGAAUAUUUAUUUAUUAGUGAAGGGGUUAUUUUAGAUGAUCAUAUCUGAUUUUAUGAGGAAAGGAGGAUAUGAUCAUAUGCCCUGGCGCCCUGCCCCUUACCUGGGGGGGAAUGUUGGCGAGAAAUUAUUGUACUUCGUUACAUGCUAUUGGAUAGUGGAUACUGCUUUUUACUGU